AUGAAUAACAACAAUAUUACACCAGAGUCUGACUCUAUGAAAUCUAAUGAUAAUGAUCAAACAAACGAUUAUAUGCCGGAUGUAGCGGAUUUCGACCAUACGCAAACCAAUACCAAUGAGAUUGCUAGAGCCAUUUCCCAUCCUGGUUCAGUUUUGUCACGUGUUGCAUCGUAUGUGUCAAGAAAGGACAGAUAUGUCGAUGAAAACGGUAACGAGGUGUGGCAGGACGAUGAAGUGUCGAUUCUUAUGGAGGAAGACGAAACCCCAGAUUUCACUUGGAAAAACAUUCGUCACUAUGCGAUCACUAGAUUUACCACUUUGACCGAGCUUCAUAGGGUAUCGAUGGAAAAUAUCAAUCCGAUCCCAGAGUUGAGAAAGAUGACUUUACACAACUGGAACUAUUUCUUUAUGGGGUAUGCGGCUUGGUUAUGUGCCGCUUGGGCGUUCUUUGCAGUGUCCGUUUCUACGGCUCCAUUGGCUACUUUGUACGGCAAAGAAACUAAGGAUAUCUCUUGGGGUCUUUCGUUGGUUCUUUUCGUUAGAUCUGCUGGUGCCAUCAUCUUCGGUAUCUGGACCGAUAACUAUUCGAGAAAAUGGCCUUACAUCACUUGUUUGGGUUUAUUCUUAAUCUGUCAACUUUGUACCCCAUGGGCCAAGACUUACACUCAGUUCUUGGGUGUUAGAUGGAUUUCUGGUAUCGCUAUGGGUGGUAUCUACGCUUGUGCCUCUGCCACUGCCAUUGAAGAUGCCCCAGUGAAGGCAAGAUCCUUCCUAUCAGGUCUUUUCUUUACCGCAUAUGCUAUGGGUUUCAUCUUUGCCAUCAUCUUUUACAGAGCUUUCUUGAACGUUAACGGUGAAAACUACUGGAAGGUUCAAUUCUGGUUCUCUAUCUGGUUACCAGCUGUGUUGAUCUUAUGGAGAUUGGUUUGGCCUGAGACUAAAUAUUUCACUAAGGUGUUAAAGGCUAGACAAUUGAUGAGAGACGAUGCCAUUGCCAAGAACGGUGGUCAACCAUUGCCAAAAUUGUCUUUCAAACAAAAAUUCGCUAACGUUAAGAAAACUGUUUCUAAAUACUGGUUAUUGUUCGGUUACUUGAUUCUCUUGCUUGUUGGUCCAAACUACUUGACCCAUGCCUCUCAAGAUUUGUUCCCAACCAUGUUACGUGCUCAAUUGCGUUUCUCUGAAGACGCUGUUACCGUUGCCAUUGUUGUUGUAUGUUUGGGUUCCAUCGCUGGUGGUAUGUUCUUUGGUCAACUAAUGGAAAUCACCGGUAGAAGAGUAGGUUUGCUCUUGGCCCUUAUCAUGGCCGGUUGUUUCACUUAUCCAGCUUUCAUGUUGAAGACAAGUUCUGCUGUGUUGGGUGCAGGGUUCAUGCUUUGGUUCUCCAUUCUUGGUGUCUGGGGUGUUCUUCCAAUCCAUCUUUCCGAAUUAUCUCCUCCAGAAGCUAGAGCUUUGGUCUCUGGUCUUGCCUAUCAAUUAGGUAACUUGGCUUCUGCCGCUUCGGUCGUUAUCGAAAACGAUUUGGCUGAUUUGUACCCAAUCGAAUGGAACUCCGCAGGUGAAGUAACAAACAAGGAUUACUCUAAAGUUAUGGCUAUCUUGACUGGUUCCAGUGUCAUCUUCACUUUUGUCUUGGUAUUUGUCGGUCACGAGAAGUUCCACAGAGAUUUAUCCUCUCCUCAUUUGAAAUCUUAUAUCGAAAGAGUUGACCAAACGGAAGAAGUUGCUGCUAUGACAGGUUCCACGGCCAAUUCUAUUUCUUCUAAGCCAAGUGAUGAUCAAUUGGAAAAGGUUUCAGUUUGA